AUGGAUAACUACCUCCGACAGAGCCCUGAAGAAGACCAGGAUCUUUUUUCGAGUCAUCAUGCAUUUCGAAAUGACGAAUCGGGAUCUCUAUUACACAACAAUAGCGAAAGAAGCCAUAGCUACUACCGACUGAGCCCUCAAGGAGACCAGGGUUUCUUUUCUAGUCCUCUAUUUCGAAACGACGAAUCGGGGUCUCCAUUAUACAACAACGGCGAAAGAAGCAGUAGCUACUACCGACUGAGCCCUCAAGGAGACCAGGGUUUCUUUUCUAGUCCUGUAUUUCGAAACGACGAAUCGGUGUCUCUAUUCAACAACGGCGAAAGAAGCGAUAGCUACCACCUACAAAGCCCUGAAGGAGACCAGGGUCUUUUUUCGGGUAUUAAUGCAUUUCGAAUUGACGAAUCGAGGUCCCUAUCAUACAACGACGACGAAAGAAGUGAUAACUACCACGUACAGAUUCCUGGAGCGGGCCAUUAUGCACUCCAAAACUAUGAAUCGGUGCUCCAGCCACACAACCGCGACGACAGCAGCACCGAUUUUAUGCUAAGUUCGCAUGGGCUCAUUCAGGGACUAGUCGAGCCUGUAUGCCUGAAUUCUACCACCCAGGACCCGCGGCCACGGCUAUAUAAUCAACUACGACUGGAAAACUUAAGCGGUCUCUCUUACAGGGUUGAUGCCGUACCCAAUAAUGAAUAUGCAACCGGUUCGAAUUCCUCCUCCGUCCUGCAGGGAGCACACAUUGUAGCACAAUCGCCUGGAGCCGCAUUCCCGGAUGUAUCAUUAGCUAUGGCAUCAUUACCUAUUUCACCUGAAUCUAAAUCCACGCAAUUUCUAUCAUGCAACUUGUGCGAAAGUUCCUUUAAUGGACGGUAUGCGAAAGGAAACCUUAGGAGACACAGGAGAAAUGUUCAUGGGUAUUCGCCUUGCGGCCCUAGAAAAUUACCAUGCCUCGUGUCUCACUGCGAUAAACUGUUUCGGCGGGAAGACUCAAGAUUGAAACACGAGCGGAAAUGUCAUCCAGGGCUGGCCACUAAGCCACCCAUUCCAAGGAAAGGCAAAAGAGUAAAGGACGAGCUGCACCCUCGUCUGGUGCUUGCUAGAGAGCCUGCCUUAGAGCUUGCUAGAGAGCCUGCCUUAGAGCUUGCUAGAGAGCCUGUCUUGGAGCCUGCCUUUCCAGCGAAAUCCAACAAAAAGGAACAAUCCCCUUCGCCCAUCCAAAAAUUUCAAGAUAGCUCUACCUCUUCUCCUAGAUUUUUCCAGAUCUGGGACCUGGCACUGCAAAACCUGAGAGAAUCGAGGUUGGCGACUUCGUCGUCUUCACGCGGCGCACGGCCAAUCAACCAACCUAGUAGUGGAAAGAUCCAGAAGAGCCUACAAACGAGGAUUAAAGCGCAGAAGCGAAAAUUGCCACCGGAAAAAACGCUGGGUUGCCCAGUACAGAAGCAUUCUAUCGUGCAUAGCCAAGCCUCACCUUGCGGGGGGGUCAACGCUCAAUACAUGUCCGAAGUUCGUCAGCAUCUUCAGCCUGGGCGGUCUCGGAAGCAUGGAGAUUUCCCUACCUUCGUUGCCCUUUGUCAAAUCUGCAAUGAGCAUGUCGUUGAUGAAAAUGAGUGGACAGUCACUCAUCUAAGGGGACUUUGUUCCUCUCGCCCUCAAGCUAGAGGAAAUCUUGCAACACAAUGGAGGCUGCUCUACCGGAAACUCUAUCCGGAUUCCACAAAACUUCCUAGCCCAUAUAACGGCGAUAACAGCUGGACGGCAAUUUCUGGCUUAACACAAUCACCCUUCAGUCCAGAUCCCCAAUCUUCUCCAUCACCCGGCAGAACCCCAACACCUACACGCGAACCUUUUUUAGAAAUGCAGCCACAGGAUGAGAUUCAAGCAAUCACACCAACGUUACGCGCAACUGAGCAAGAAGUUCAGGUUAGAGAAGCUGCGGUACUUAUGAGCCUUCUGGACAGUUCGAGACGAUUAUACACACAGCUCCUGCUCGAAGCUGGAACUAUGCUAACCCAUGAAGAGUGCCAGCGACUGGCCGAUCAAGCCGAGGAGGAUUUUACCCGAAACCUGACACAACUGCGAGCGGAACAUGGAAUGAAUAAACCUGCAGUGUCGCCUCAAGAGACACCGAGCUCGAACGGGAAUGAACCUCAAUCAACGUACCAUAUUCCUCUCCAGGAGGAAUCUCCGGGGCCAGCACCCACACGAAACCAGGACAACGAUUGGAGUUCGAUGAACGCCUCGGCUGUCCAUCCAGAACCCAUGCAAGGUGUAUUGCUGGGAGACAAUUGGAGUUUGAUGAACACCGCGGCUACCCAUCCAGAACCCAUGCAAGGUAGAUUGGCGGGAGUGACCGCUACAGAUAAAGCUACCCAAUACGUUCCGAGUAGAACGGAAGGAGAAACGGUCCUUGCUCAGUACGAACCCCAGAGGGACCCUUCUUUGUCUUCCUACCUUCACUUUACAGCUUCUAUUCAGUCUAUAGAUCCUAGCCAUUUCUGGGAAGAUUCGACCGUGGAUCAUUUUGGUGGACCUAACCUAAAUGAUUGCAAUUCUUCACAAGAUUCAACAUACGGAUCUGGGUCACCAGCAUCCUUCGAAACUUCUUGGGCGCCACCCAACCAAAAUUUACUCUAUUCCGCAUACGACGCCUCUCUCAGAGAUAGCGGUCAUGAGGGGAGGCGACGCUGUAUGCAUAGCGGGCCUUCGUCCGAGCGAUCUGAAUCUUCCUCACUUAAGCCUCCCCACGACAGUGAGAAUUUUCCAGCACGUGGUUUUGGGUAUCUACCUGCAAAUAUAGAAGACGUUUGA